AUGUCCCAACUUCCAUACUCCACAGACUCCGGAGUCAGAGUCCUGAGCAUUCCCACCACAGCUGCAUUGCCUAGGUCGUCCUAUCAGCCUCGCUACCACAUGCAGCUCCGCGCAGUGAGACUGGGUGCAACACCUAAGUUGGCGUCAAACCAUCGCACCACAGCCCAUGCGAACUAUGCCGGCGAAGCUCAACACUCUGCACCACAAGGCAACCAGCGCAGCUGGAAAAAAGGCCCGAGCCACUUAAAACGGCCAAAGGUCAUCGUACAUAGCAUACAGCAAUUCUCCUAG